CUGCGUAUUUUUUCGUGCGCAGCAGACUCCGCUGGAGGAGGAGCGGGCUGGUUAGCGAGCUAACCAUAAAACCAGCGGGCUGAAGGUUCAGUUUCUACGGACAGCAGAACGAUAGAUACCCGCUCGCCUCUCCUCGCUCCCAGGCACACUUCCACUGAAACAGGGCCUUCUGUGGGGGUCCUGUCCCGGUAACCCGGGUUAGUUCAGUUUAGAUAGUCGGACUAACGGGUCUAACUUCCUUUAUCCGAACAAUAGCUCUAGUAAUUCACUCCUGUAACGGUACUUUGGAUUUGAAACGUACAAAUACUCGAUUACAGAUGAUGAGGUGACGUGCAAGCUGUCAGCAAUGGAGGACCUGUUGACCGUGGCCGUGGCUGUUUUCCAGCUAUGGAUGUUCGUAGUCGUGUUCUUCAUCACGCUGCCCGCCAUGUUCGGCCUCUCUCUGGGUGUCACCAGCGUCUACAUCCAGAUCCUGGUUAAACUCCUUGAGUGGGCCACGAUACGAAUCCAGAGAGGACGCCAGGAGCAGCCCAGCGUACCCGCACCGCUGCCCAAUGGGAUCAUCGAGCGAGCGGAGGGCUCGAUGGAGGAGGAGAUGGAGCAGUUGCGGCGUUCUCGGUCUCUGGAAGGCGGUGAGUUUGCUCUGAGUGACGCCUUGUAUUUCUGCAAGAAGGGCCUGGAGAGCAUCGUGGACGACCAGGUGACCCAGCGCUUCUCCUCUGAGGAGCUGGCCUCCUGGAACCUCCUGACCCGCACCAACCAGAACUUCCGCUACAUCAGCCUCCGCCUCACCAUCUUCUGGGGCAUCGGCGUGUUUGUGCGCUACUGUGUCCUCUUCCCUCUCAGGUCAGUGUGUCACAGCUCGACCUCUCACCUACCCGGGGAGGCACUGAUUUCAGCAUCCUUGGCCUUUGCAACAGGAACAGCAGCUCUCACAGCGGUGAAGCAAUUCAGCCAGAGGCACGUUUCAGUGCUCUCAGGUCACUCCAGUGCUCUUCUGCUUUUAACUAAUAAACAUAUCUCCAAAUCAUCAUCACCGCAGUGCAGUCUGUACAUGUGCAGUUUGUAUGGUUACACCCAUCAUUCAGAAACCAGGAUUACUCUGGCCAUCAUCGGCCUCUCGUGGCUUGUGAUCGGAACGACUCUAGUUGGAUUUCUGCCUGAGAACAGUGUGAAGUACUGGCUGAGCGAAGUUGUCCACCUGACCUGCUACAGGAUCUGUGCCCGGGCGCUGUCGGCCACCAUCCGCUACCACAACAAAGAGAAUCGACCUCAGAAAGGAGGGAUCUGCGUGGCUAAUCACACCACGCCCAUCGAUGUAGUGAUCCUGGCCAAUGACGGCUGCUAUGCCAUGGUGGGGCAGAUUCAUGGAGGUCUGAUGGGGGUCAUCCAGAGGUCGAUGGUGAGGUCGUGCCCUCAUGUUUGGUUUGAGAGGUUGGAGAUGAAAGACCGCCACGCGGUGACCAGCAGGCUCAGAGCUCACGUAGCAGCAAAGACCAAACUUCCCAUCCUUAUAUUUCCUGAAGGAACUUGUAUCAACAACACGUCGGUCAUGAUGUUUAAGAAGGGCAGCUUUGAGAUCGGAGGAACGAUCCAUCCCGUCGCCAUCAAGUACGACCCUCGCUUGGGUGAUGCUUUCUGGAACAGCAGCAAGUACAACAUGGUCAGCUAUCUGCUGCGUACCAUGACCAGUUGGGCCAUUGUCGUCAAUGUGUGGUACCUCCCACCCAUGACCAUACAGGAUGGAGAGGAUGCAGUCCAGUUUGCCAACAGAGUGAAAUCUGCCGUUGCUUGUCGGGGAGGACUGCUUGACCUGGCAUGGGACGGAAGCCUAAAGCGAGGGAAGGUGAAGGACGCGUAUAAGGAAGAGCAGCAGAAGAUGUACAGCAGGGUCAUCGUCAGGCAGAACAGCAUCAGUGCCACACACACCCGCAGAGACGAUCAAUCAUAAACAAUCAGUCACAGCAAAACUCGGUCGUCUGAUUUUAGACUUUACAGGACAGACCUGAAUGCCACAUCAGACUGUGGGUGCAGGACAGCAUCUCCACCAGCAGGAGGCAGCAUGAGACAGCACAAUCAUCCAUCCAGCUGCUCAUCUCCUCCCCUUCAUCAUCAUCAUCAUCAUCGGCUGCCAGGACUGAACUCUUCAUCACACAGAUGAGGAUGAUUUAUCACGUCAUCAUUGCUGUGUCUGAUUUUAACUUUUGUACAAACAUCUGAGCCAAACUGACACUUUUGCUCACUGUUUAUUUCUCACAUGGACGAAGAAAUAUUUCAUCUGUGUGUCUACACACAACACACCAUAAACCUCACACACACACACACACACACACACAGACAGAGAUAGAUAAUCCACAUUUUUCAAAUCCCUUCUGCAGUAACAGGAAAAAUAAUAAAAGAAUCUGAGAAACGUCUAAAACAGAGAUCGACAUAGUAAAGAAAGUAAACAUUAUUACAAUAUUACAACCUAUAUAUAUAUAUAUUUAAUAGUCUGUAAAAUGAAAAGAAAGAAAAAGGCAGAGGGAAAACUAAACAAACAUCAAACUUUUUUAUGAUUAUUUUUAUAUUUGCCCACAUCAGAGAUGAUGUAAUGCAGGGUUCCCAACCUUUGGGAUGAGGUCCUCACUGAGGUGAGAGGUCAGUCUACCUUUUCUUUCUUUAUUAAAAUAAUCAGAAUA